CUAAACGUCCAUAAAACCUGUAGCCGAGUUUAUUUAAAUGAAGAACCUCAUUCUAAUGCAAACCUGUUUGUUUAGACUGCAUCAGGAUUCAAGUGAGCUUUCGAACCUGCCAAAUCAGGUAACAUUUGAAAGUGUGGACUGAUGUUGACGUCACAGGAUUCUGUAAGGGUCCGGCAGGAACGCUAGUUUGGUGCAAAGCUUCAGAUGGGAGCAAAUUAGAAAAAAAAAGGUAGAAACAAAAAUUAAGGCACAGAAGUAGAACAAGAAAAUAAUGAUAGCAUUGCAAGAAAAAGGGGUCAAAUGAAAUUAAAUCUGAUGGUGAAGCAGAAGGCAAAGAAACACAGACUAAAUUUUCUCACAUGAAUGUUGUGCACGAGUUCACUGACAGAAUGACAAAUCUGUGAGAAUUGAAGAUAAUGAACUCAGAUCUGCAAAGACAAAAACCCAAAAAUUUCUCCAUGCUGAUAUAUUUUUUUCCUUUUUUUACCGUUUUGGGAAAAUGAUAGAUGAGCCGAAGCACAGGCAGAGUUUAGAAGGUGGGAUGUGUGGCUAUGCGCAUGCAGAGAGUGAUAGAGGGGAAGGAGGGGGAGUGAAUGUGAAGCCUCUCCCAUUCUGUCCCUGCUCUGGUUUACACCGCUCUCUCUUUCCUCUCGUCGCCUCUGUCAUCAGACUUUCAGGGAGCUGAGGAAAGGGAGGAACACGAAAAAAGGAACAAAAAGAAUGAAGUGAAUGCUUCAAUUGGAAACCGUCUUAAACAGGGGUAACAACUUUAAAAAACAGAAGUCGGCAAGGGAAGGGAAACAAACAGUAGGAAAGUUAAUGACAUCCAUGGGGGGAGAGGGAUAAGACAGGAGAAGGCAGGGAGGGGAAACUUAUCAGCAUCUUGAGAACAGCACACAAAAGUGGAAAAGUGCACAGAAGAGGAAGACAACAAGGGAAUCCUACUUACUCAGGAUGGACAAAGUGGAGCGAGUGAUGAAGAUGGUGAAAAGGAUGUCACCAAGAAAGAAGAGGAGAGAAGGAGGACCGGGGAAUCUGGAGAGCCCGGACACCCUGUGUGAUGAACUGUGUCGAUUCAGCCUCUGCAUCAGUGAUGAUGGCCCUUAUGGAAAAACCAAGGACAUAUCUGGACCAGAGCAAACCAUGACCCUGAGGAGACACAGUAUACCAGAAGCUCUGCGGGGUGUGACGAUGGUGGAGCUGGUAAAGAAAGAAGGCAGUACCCUUGGACUCACAAUCUCAGGAGGAACAGACAAGGACGGAAAGCCGCGGGUAUCCAACCUGCGACCCGGAGGACUGGCAGCCAGGAGCGACCAGCUCAACAUCGGCGACUACAUCAAGUCAGUGAACGGCAUCAAUCUCACCAAACUGCGGCACGAAGAGAUUAUUAGUUUACUAAAAAAUGUAGGAGAGAGGGUUCUUCUGGAGGUGGAGUAUGAACUGCCCCCUACAGCUCCAGACAGCACCUCAGGAGUUAUUUCAAAGACAAUCGACAUCUGUUUGCACAAAGAGGGGAACAGCUUUGGUUUUGUCAUGAGAGGUGGAACGCAUGAAGACUGGCACAAGUCCCGUCCCUUAGUUGUUACGUACGUCAGGCCAGGAGGCCCCGCAGACAGAGAGGGGACGCUGCGGCCCGGGGACCGCCUCCUGAGCGUUGAUGGUGUGCCAUUGCACAACGCCGGCCACAAUGAAGCCCUUAGCGUGUUGGGGCAGUGCAGCCAGGAAGCCCUGUUCCAGAUCGAGUAUGAUGUCACCAUCAUGGACACGGUGACAAACGCCUCUGGACCGCUGCUGGUGGAGAUCGCCAAAUCUCCAGGGGCAACGCUGGGCAUCACGCUCACAUCUGCAAGCCACCGCAACAAACAGGUCAUAGUCAUCGACCGAGUCAAGCCUGGCAGCGUGGCGGACAGCAGAUGUGGAGCUCUUCAUCCAGGAGAUCACCUGCUGUCCAUAGAUGGGACAUCAACAGAGCACUGCACAGUCCUGGAAGCCACACAGCUUUUAGCAAGCACAACUGAACUGGUCAAGUUGGAAAUACUCCCCUCACAUCAAACAAGGCUGACGGGAAAACAGCAUGACACAGUGAAGGUCCAGAAGUCAGACCAUCCCCACUCCUGGGACCCAUGUGUGAACUUCUGUCCCCCUCCAAACUCCACCCUCUGUAGCACAAGUUCCACCCUCAACAAAUCAUGGACUCCGUCCAACAACAACACAAUCAACAGCCUAGACUACUGCAAGUCUCUGGUUUCUGCCAGCUUCUCUCCAGGCUCUACAAGCACGUCAGGGCCCAGCAGUCAGAGCUCCAGCACGCUGCCGAGACCCACGGUUCCCAUGAGUCCUCGCAACUCUCUGCUCAAACGACGACAGAGGAAGAAGGAGCACAAGAGCUCCUUGUCCCUAGCAUCCAGUUCAGUGGGUCCAGGUGGUCAGGUGGUUCAUGUUGAGACCAGUGAGGUCAUCUUAACAGGGGAUCCCCUCAAUGGCUUUGGCGUCCAGCUCCAAGGAGGAAUAUUUGCUACUGAGACACUGUCUGCGCCGCCACUUAUCCGAUUCAUAGAGCCAGACAGUUCAGCAGAGAGGUGUGGCUUGCUGCAAGUAGGAGACCGCCUCCUGUCCAUCAAUGGGAUCCCAACAGAAGACGGAACGCUGGAGGAAGCCAAUCAGCUUCUCCGUGAUGCAGCUCUGACCAAUAAGGUCGUGCUGGAGGUUGAAUUCGAUGUAGCAGAAUCUGUGGUGCCUAGUAGUGGUACCUUCCAUGUCAAGUUACCCAAGAAGAGAGGAGUGGAGCUGGGAAUCACCAUCAGCGCCAGUAAAAAACCAGGGGAGUCGCUCAUCAUUUCUGACAUCAAGAAGGGCAGCAUGGCUCACAGAACAGGAACGCUGGAGCCCGGUGAUAAGCUGCUGGCCAUCGACAACAUCAGGCUCGAGAACUGCUCUAAAGAGGACGCCGAGCAGAUCCUCCAACAGUGUGAGGAGCUGGUCAAACUAAAGAUUCGCAAAGAUGAAGACAAUUCAGACGAGCAGGAGACGUCAGGCAGCAUCAUCUACACUGUGGAACUGAAGCGGUAUGGAGGCCCUCUAGGUAUCACCAUCUCAGGCACUGAGGAGCCUUUUGACCCCAUCACCAUAUCGGGCUUGACCAAGAGAGGCCUGGCAGAAAGGACAGGAGCUAUUCAUGUAGGUGACCGGAUCCUAGCCAUCAACAGCGUGAGUCUGAAAGGAAAACCGCUGAGUGAAGCCAUCCAUCUACUGCAGAUGGCUGGGGAGACCGUCACCCUCAAGAUUAAAAAACAGCUGGACAAUUUGGAGGAGAGGAAGGCAGCAGAGGCAGAGGACACAACCGAGAAUGAGAUCAGUGACACAGAGGAGGACGAUCUGACUGACAGCCAACAGACCAACAAACUGUCUGAGCUUUACUCCACAACUAUACCCAGUGUGGACUCCGCCAUGGAGUCAUGGGAUGGUUCUGGAUUGGAUGCAGGCUAUGGCAGCCAGGGCACGUACAGUCAUCAAGCGGCCGGCAUCGCUCUUCACCCACAUGAAUGGCGCAGUGUCAGGCAGCAGCGCAGUACAACACCUCCUCUGAGUCAAAGGAAGAACUACCCGUUCAGCGAUGGAGGCUUCAGCGAGGACGACUGGGACAAACCACCUGGGUUUAUUGGACAGCAACCGGAUGGUAUUCUAUUGGAUCCAGACGACAGCUUCUGGUGUCAGGCUCUGGAGGACCUGGAGACAUGUGGCCAGUCUGAGCUUCUCAGAGAGAUAGAGGCAUCCAUCAUGACAGGAACAGCCAUUAGUCUGGGUGUAGACGGCAUCAGCAAACCUGCGGUGGAGCCCAUUCUGAGCCACAGCCGGAUGAGUCCGCUGAGGAGAAACUCUCUGCUUCAUCAGGGAAACCUGCUGCACCAGAGCGUGCAUCUCCAUCAAGGUAUCCACCUGCCAGAGGAAUCCCACCUACACCAAGAUCCCCACUUCCACCAAGACGCCCACCUACACGACGAGGUUCUUUUCAACCAGGAGGGACAUCUGCACCCGGGGGCCCACAUCCACGAAGAAAACCAGUCCCCUGUUCUGCACCAUGAGCCCAAACCCAAAGCUUCCCUCAGAGUAUCAGAGAGAACGUGGGAGUCUCGUCGGAUCAAAGAAGAAAUGCAGGGAAUUCUCUCCCCAACGCCUCUGGAGCUGCACAAAGUAACUGUGAUAAAGGACCCAGAGAGCGAUGACUUUGGCUUCAGUGUUUCUGACGGCUUCUUAGAGAAAGGCGUUUAUGUGAACAUGGUCAGACCCGAGGGCCCUGCUGACAGAGCCGGGCUUCGAUCUUUUGACAGAAUUCUGCAGGUGAAUCACGUGAGAACGAGAGACUUUGACUGCUGUCUGGCUGUGCCGCUCAUCACGGAGGCCGGAGACAGACUGGAGCUGGUCAUCAGCCGGAACCCUCUAGCCCACGAUGACCCGGAAAACAACAACAACACUUUGGAUCACCCUCUGGAUCUGUGACGCACACAGACACGGACAAAUAGCCACACACUUGCGCUGCCUUCGCUUAGGCAUGAAACAUGGUUAAUAAUUGACUACAAACAAACAAACAAUCCAUCUGGUCCAAGAAUAUACAAACAGGUUUGCAAUAAUUCUUACUGUACAGGGACUCCUUCUAGAAUCCAGAUGUACACUUUUGCAUGCAAUCGCCCAUUUCCAUCAAGAUGUACUGUCGUGGAGUAGCUUUUCUUUAGAAAUAAUACAUCACUGAGGGGGGAAAAAAUAACAAAGCUGUUCUAGCAGAAGGUUUGCUCCCAAAAAAAUCAUCAUGAGCUUGCAUGAUGUUUUGGGAGCUAUAUAACCAAUUUUGACAAAAUGGAAAAGAAUUCUCUGGGUUUCUUCAUUUUACAAGAAUCUACUGUGCUGUUGACAAUUGGGUAAUCUGCCUUACACAAUCCAGUAGAUGUUUGUAAGACUUGUAGGUAUGUAAAAUGGAAAAGGACUACUUCAGUACGUAGGUGCCAUUUGUCUUUUUAGAAGAUGCAGAAGACAAAUUAUUAUAGGGAAAGGUUGUAUUGACAUCUAUAAUGCUGGUGGUUCUGCUCACAGAGGCUGUGAGGAUAACAAGGCAGUAACACCUCUGCAUUUCUCAGCGUUACCAUAGCAACCCUGAAAUCGUAAGUAUUUGUGCGAUCAGCAAAAAUCACAACAAAGCAAUUAAAAUUGCAUUUUCAAUGUUAAUUUCAUUUUCUACACAAGGAGUGGGUAGAUGUUAACGUUGAAGGUGCCAUUCAGAAAACUGUUGCCGACAAGAACACAUCUAUCUGCAGCAAUAAAGUUGUUGCCAAGAGUUUCUGUGCCAAAUACUAAAAAGCUGAUAUAAAUUGGUCACAUGUAAGAAUGUCAAUUGCAAUGCUGCUUGCAGCUUUAAUUAUCGUGCCUAUUUACUUUAAACAUCAUAUUUCACUGAGGGUUACUUUGAACAGUCUAAAAGAACAAUUUCCAAGGUUCUCAGUUUCCUCGUGGGAAUGUCAGGGUCUUAGUAGCUGUGUUAGUCUGAGGAAACGUCCCAGUUAAUGUACUUAGUAAAAUGUGUGUCUUACCCUCAUACAGUUGUGUAGUUUUCAGGGAUCUGACCAGAAUAAGAGCCCGACAUUCCACUAAAACAUUUGUAGAAAGGUCUUCAAGUGUCAGCUGAAUUUAAACACAUAUUUUUCACAUUUUGGUUGUAAGACAUUCAUAAAAUACCAGUUCAGCUGCAUCUGAAUGACGGUUGCUUUUAGCUGUACUUCCGUGCUUUUGAUCGACCUAACAUUGAAAGCUAACACCCCUGAUGUGCAAAUCGCAUUCGGUGUAAUAUCAGCCCUGAGGGGGGGUCAUUUUGAAAUGAUUUAACUACAUUUUUAUCCAUAUAUGCCACUGACAAAAAAAAUAUCUAAAUCUAACUGCAGACAAGAUACCACCAGAGGCGGAAAACUUACAACUUACCCUUUAUAUUUAUGUUUUUAAACUUUGUUCAUCUCCUCGUCCUAAAGUUGCAGAGUGUCAUAAUAACUAGAUUCAGUACUUAAGUCUUCAUAAAGUUUAUUAGCAAGGCCAUUCAGAAACAAUAGACUGAUGGAUGGAUAGAUGGACACACAGCUGUUUUGCCAGUCAAAGAAAUUACUCUUGAAGUAGUCUCUUUUAAACUAAAUCCAGCUGCUGUCUAAACUGUAGCAUGUUUUAAAAGUUUCUGACAAUCCUGCCAAGAACUCUUUGCUCCAGAAUUGGAAGGAUUAGGUGAACGGGCAGUUUGUGCCUCAUUCCCUCUCUGUCUCUGAAUUUGGCAACGUGUUGCGAGUGCAACAAAGGGCUAGUGUUCAAAGAUCACAAGGUAACAGUGGUCUGAGGUGUUUCUUUGUACAAAUGUUGAGCACAAGAGACACACAAAACAAAUACAGAGCUAUGGUCUCACCUUCAGAAGAAAACAAGCACUGGAUAUAGAAAAAUAGUUAUUCAGCUUUUCGAAAAUUCUUUUGAACUUAUUUAAGUACACUUUUUUGUUUUACCUCCAUGCUUUGGGAGUUUCCAAUCUUGAAAACAAAUUUCAAAUAAACAACAUUGGUCAAUUUUUUACACUUCAUAUGACUUUUGAGCAAUGUGGUUAUAGAAUACAUCAAAAAGCAUGUUUGUCUCUGAGAGAUUUCAGUAUUUUUCUCAGCAUUUUACUGUGAUUUUUUCUCUGAAAGAGCUGGUUGUUGUAAAGGAACGUUGGUUUACAGGGCUGAGGGGUGUUUGCUCUCCCUUCUUAAACGUAUCCAGGACAAGAGAAUCAUAAGCUCAGCAUAUUAUGAGGGGGGAUUUUUAUCCAAGAACUUCAUAUGAAGUAACAAGCACACUGUUGAAUACCAUGCACUGUAAGUAUUUUUCAUUGACAGUUGUACAAAUGUACUGAGUCUGAGUGAUUUUAUUAUGCAAUUGAGUGUAAAAAAAAAAGAAGAUUUUUUUAAGGUAAAAAAAAAAUGAAGAUAAAGGCCUUCAAACAUUUUAUUUUGUGUAUUUGUAUGUGCUAGGUGUGGGUGGGUGAGUGAACUCAGCCGAACUCCCAAUGCAAUUCUGGAUUAGUGUAUAGCUCAAUGUAGAAAAAUCUAGAAAAAGUGACAAAUAAAGUAUUGAAGAUUGAUAUUUAUAUUUUAAAAUGGAUAGGUUUUUGUUAUUUUUAAACAGGUGAUCAACAACAUCUGUUGCCCAAGACUACUAACAACACCAACUGGUUCAAAUGUUUUCCCUUUAAUUUGAGUAAACUAAACCAUAAAUGUCUACAAAAAUGUAGUUCAUAACUAGAUGCGAUAUGAUGUGCUUUUAGAUAUCUGCUAGUCUUGCCUGUUUAAACACAUCAGCUAUCAGCAUCAGAUGCUAAACUGAUUGUUUCAUGUUUAGAGAGGCUUGACCUCAUUUUAUGAAAAAUCUGGCAAAAAACCAACCCUUUUCAUUGUCCCCUGUCUUCUACAUUUUUGUCUAUUUGGUGAAGAACCUUAAAUGCUACCACUUUUCAUAAACUGAUUUCAAAAUAUGUGUUUGUUGGUGUGCACGAGGUUCAAAAAAUUGCUCGAGCUCAGCAGCUCCUUAGCCAUGGAGAAGCAGAGCGCGCAAGAAACUGGUGGAUGCCAAAGGUUUCUGUUUGAACCAUUGUUUUGUAUCUCCUCCACUUAGCGUUUGAUGGGACCAGGCUUUCCACGUGCAAUAAGUUUCUCCUCAUAAUGGCGUUGAUGGCGCUUUGAGGUCAUUGAUUGGUCAGGAGAUUCAAGUUAGAGAACUUAAAAAUUUUAAAUUAUUAAAGUUUCUUUACUUUAAAGGUGCACCUGCAUCUGGUCUCCUAAAUAUUCUUUAUUUACCUUUUCAAUUUGCUAAUCGACCAGUUAAGUCAACUUUCAGUCAUGCUUGUAAGUAACACAAGUCUUUAAUCUGGGUUUUUCAGUGAUGGAACAACUGCAAAAUAAAAAAAAGGAUUAGUAGUUAUUUGACCAAAUUCCCAAAUAUUUAUCAACUUCUUUUUUACUAUCCCAGAAAAAAUGUGAUGAUCAGAGCUUCCAGCCAGUUCUAACUGCGACUGCACAUGGUAAUUAUUUUCACAUCUUUCAUUAUUAUGGCAGAUAGAUUGAUAACUCUGCAUAAUGCCUGGGAUUUCUAUGUUUGUUCUUGUUUUUAAAAUGUAGAUAUGAACAUGUCGGUCCCUCAAGGGAUUUCAGUUUGGGCUGUUAAUAGUAAAUGUUGCUGGUGCGUCCUUUUUUGUGUGUAAAACUAUAUUCCAUGUAAUAUAGUAUUUUUCUAUGAAAAUAUUACUCUUAUUGAACAAGGGGAAAAAAAACAUGUGUAAGAUAAAAUUUAAAAUGUAUGACUUUGUUGUUGUCAUCUUGCCCCACCCCCAUCUAUUUUCUAUGGAACAAAAAUGUACUAUACUCGUUACAAAUGAAAAAGACUACAAGCAAGAAAAAUAAAAUCUCUUAUUUUUUGUGUGA